GUGUCUGUCAUUGAUCAUUCCGGAUCAUUGGCAUAUCGGGUCCAAACCUUUCUGGGAACCGAAAUAUGAUCGCGUAAUGGUACAAAGAGUUGAGCACGGCUAUCGCAUCUCGACUGAUAAGAUCUUAGACACAAUACUCGCAUUGAUAUUUUUAGUGAUAGAGAAUUGAGGAUACACUUCAGGGAUAGCACGAAGGCGUAUUCACCGGAAUAGCAGUGCUCAUGCAGAUAUAAAAUCUAGUCAUGCAUGGAUGCAAACCACAGUUCUUUCAGCAUGGCGACUUUUAUCCUCAACACUGUCCCUGCCUGGGUCGCACAUCUAGUGUCAGGUCUAGGAGCACAGUUGGUCAUGGAUAAGCGCAAUAUGGCUGCCUUUGAUCGUCCCAUUGCUGGGGGGUUGUUGUCCAUCAAUGCUAGUAAUGGAUGUGAUAAACCUCAGAAGAAAAUCUUCAUACCUGACAUACUCGCAAGAUGGCCGUUUCCCCGUCAUCUCAAUCAGUACUAUUUCCAAGUCCGUGCUGAAUCAUCUGCUUGGUUUGCAAGCUUUGAGGCAUUCAGCCCCAAAGCACAACAAGCCUUCGAUCGCAGCAAUUUCAGCCUUCUUACAUGUUUAUCCAACCUAAACGCGUGUGAAGAACACGUUCGCAUCGCUUGCGAUUUCAUGAAUCUUGCAUUUGCCAUAGACGAAUAUACAGAUGGCUUGAAAGAGGACGAGGUCCGUCAACAAAAGGACGUCAUAAUGGAUGCUAUGCGUCACCCUCAUAAGCCACGUCCAAAAGGGGAAUGGGUCGGUGGAGAAGUUGCUCGCCAAUUCUGGGAACAUACUAUAUGUUACGCUAGUGGUCAAACGCAGAAGCACUUGAUUGCGGCAUUGGAUGAAUGUCUAGAGGGCAUAAUGCAGCAGGCCAUUGACCGAAACAAGCAUCACAUUCGUGACAUCCAAAGUCAUAUCGAUGUGCGCUGCAGAUCGGUCGGAGCACAGCCUAUGUUCGCCCUCUUGGAGCUGGGUCUCGAUAUCCCAGAUGAAGUAAUUUCGCAUCCAACAAUCAAGGAUAUAGUUGUGGCAUCCACUGAAAUGAUCGCUCUCGCCAAUGAUAUCACGUCCUACAAUGUAGAGCAAGCACGUGGGGAUGACGGUCACAAUAUAGUAACAAUUGUCAUGCACGACCUUGAUACGGAUGUCAACGGUGCCAUGUUAUGGGUGAUGGAUCGCCAUAUAAAACUCGAGAAGAAGUACUUCGAGGCUGCGGCAGCCAUUCCAAAAUGGGGAGAGCCCAUCGACUCGCAAGUUAGGGAGUACUGUGAUGGCUUGGGAAACUGGGUGCGCGCCAAUUAUGAAUGGAGCUUCGAGAGCGAGAGGUACUUUGGCACAAAUGGUCUGGAAAUUCGACGGAAAAGGUGGAUUUUGCUGAUGCAGAAAGACAACUGAAAUCUUGAGCUAUGAUGAUCGAGGCACGACCUCCCUCCCUGCAUAUUCGAUAGUGAUUUGUUGCCUGGUUUUCGAUGUAUUAUUACUACUAUGCCCCUAUGCUGACUGUAGAAGUUGUAAAUGUCCCGCUCCCGCAACUAAGCUAAUAAUGCGAGAAAUUCUUACUAUGUGUUCCAAUCAUCACAACCCCAAAUUUAUCAUUGGUUCUCCACUUCGAGCACCAAUGAACGCAAGUUCAACCUCGAACCCGUUCAUGGUUGCGAGUACGAAUUCUAUUUAUCGAGCGACGUGUCCAUGAUCUGACGGCAGUACUAGUAGCACUAGUGUUUAUGAGAAAGUGGUUGACGCUACGAUAAUAGCUUUCAAGUUUGUUUCAAGUUAUUGGGUAUUACUAUUCUAGAGAUUAGAGGUAGAGCGGGAUAGAAACGAUCUAACAGGUAAGAAUAAG